AUGGCACAUUCUGGUGUUAAAACUCACGAAUGUUUUGAGUGCGGAAAAACGUUCACCCGAAUGGAAUAUUUAAAUAAACACAAGAUGAUGCACACGGGUGAAAAGCCUCUCAGCUGUGAUGUGUGUGGGAAGAGUUUCAAUGACCGUAGUAAUAUGAUUAAGCACAUGUUAGUACACUCUGGUGAGAAACCCCACGAGUGUCCAGAGUGUGGGAAAAGAUUCUCUCGAUAUGACCAUUUGAAGAACCACAGGUUGGUGCAUACUGGAGAUAAACCUUACGAGUGCCCAGAGUGUGGGAAAAAAUUAAGUACGCUUGGAACUAUGAAGAAACACAGGAUGGUGCACACAGGUCAAAAACCUCUUAGGGAAAUAGGGAGUGAACUAGAGAACAGUGAUUGCAAAGAAAUCAGAUUUAGCAAAGAAUGGAAUAGAUUUGUAGGAAAAAUUUAUGUUAAAGUACCAGAUUUUCGAAAAACUUAUUUUAAGGCCUAA